UCUCUCCCUCCCUCCAAAAUCCAAAACUCAAGAACACCUCUCACAUUAUGUAUGCAUGCUCUCACGACCACCCAUCUGUCUGGACUCUAGAUACCUUAGAUGUCAGUGAAUCUCCUUGAAUAACAGGAGCAGCAAAAUCUCAGCCUCCCAUCCCACCCUCAAUCCUAAAACACUUGGAUUUCUGUCUACUUUCUUGGGUUUGUUUGUUAUGGCUGCAGAAAAGGGUAAUGGGAGAGACCCUGGACAGUUCUUCUUGGAUGAGGAUGGUGAUGAUGAAGGUAUUGAUGUGAACAAUAUUGGUGGCGGCGGUAGCGCUAUUAGCAGUGAUUUUGAAAAUGGCGAGGGUUCGGCUUCUGAUGCUUUCGCUUCUCAGCAAUGGCCGCAGAGUUACAGAGAGACUACUGAUUCUUAUACCAUCUCAGCAUCACCAAGUAUUGUACAUCUUGGACAAGGUCUACGUGCUAUAUAUUCAAGCUUUGACGAUCGUACUAAAAGCAAUUUAGACCUGGAUGGAAAGUCUCCUUUACUCUCUGAUUAUCAGAAGGAAGACUUGGAUAGUAUCUCAAGAGCACAAUCAUCACUAUCACAGAGAGCCUCAUUGUAUAAACAGCAGCUUACUGGGGAGCUACCCAUUGGUCAUGGGUGUAGCCUUACUCAGACUGUCUUCAAUGGAAUUAAUGUACUGGCUGGAGUUGGGCUUCUUUCUACUCCUUACACUAUAAAAGAAGGUGGCUGGGCAAGUUUGGUAGUGCUACUUUUUUUUGCAGUUGUAUGUUAUUAUACUGCCUCCCUCAUGAAAUACUGUUUCGAGAGCAAAGCAGGUAUCAUAACCUUCCCGGAUUUAGGAGAAGCUGCCUUUGGAAGAUAUGGACGUCUUUUCAUAUCUAUUGUUUUGUACGGUGAAUUAUAUUCCUAUUGUGUCGAAUUUAUUAUCUUGGAAGGAGAUAAUCUUACCAAGCUAUUUCCUGGAACAUCAUUGGAUUGGGGUGGUGUUCAUCUGGACUCUAUGCACUUGUUUGGAAUUCUAACUGCCCUGAUUGUUCUGCCAACUGUUUGGUUGAGGGAUCUCCGUGUGAUCUCAUACCUUUCAGCUGGUGGGGUGAUUGCAACAAUUUUGAUAUUUCUGUGUGUAAUUUUCCUUGGUACAACAGAUGGAAUUGGGUUCCAUCAAAGUGCUCAGACAGUAAAAUGGAGUGGCAUUCCAUUUGUCAUUGGUGUGUACGGAUUUUGCUUUUCCGGGCAUUCUGUGUUUCCAAAUAUAUACCAAUCCAUGGCUGACAAGACGAAAUUUAACAAGGCAAUCGUAAUAUGUUUUCUUUUAUGUGUCUUGAUAUAUGGGGGUGUCGCAGUCAUGGGAUAUCUCAUGUUUGGUCAAAACACAUUGUCCCAGAUAACUUUGAAUAUGCCACCAGACGCUUUUGUUUCCAAAGUUGCAGUUUGGACAACCGUUAUUAACCCGUGCACUAAAUAUGCACUGUUGAUGAACCCUUUGGCAAGAAGCAUAGAGGAGCUGCUGCCUGUGAGAGUUUCAACUAGUGUGUGGUGUUUCGUUCUCCUAAGAACAACACUUGUCAUUUCUUCGGUUUGUGCAGCCUUUCUUCUUCCAGUUUUUGGUCUUGUAAUGGCUUUAAUUGGUUCUCUCCUCAGUAUAAUUGUGGCAAUAAUAAUGCCUGCUUUAUGUUUUCUAAAAAUUGUGGGGAAGAAAGCUACAAGGACACAGAUUGUUUUGAGUACCACAAUAGCUGUAUUGGGCACCAUUUGUGCAAUUCUUGGAACAUAUUCGUCUGUGUCAGACAUUGUGAAGAGUUACUGAAAGAUUCAUCUGGUUCAACAUCUCAGUAAUGCUGAUGGGUACUUAUCCCAUGUCUCUUCUUUUUUCAUCGCACCAAAUAUUCAAGUCAAUGAUAACCAGGAAUUAGACCUUUUUGGAUGCUGAUGUGCAUUAUUUUAUUUACAUGUAGCCUUUAAGGACUUGUAUUAAACACUUCUUUUUUUCUUUUUUUUUUCUGGUAAACACAUCGAUCAAUAUUUAUAACAUGCAUGUGCUAAUGGCAGUAGAUUGGAUACAUUGGGCUUGGAAUGUGUACGAUUUUAAGUGCUUUAUAUGGAUUAAGUCUAAUUUU